CAGCACCGUUUUGCCGUUCACACAAAAAUGGCGGCGUCUGUCCAAUGGGAUUUCAAACUAAAAACAAAUUUAACAGCGCCAUGAAUGCAAACAAUCGUCGAAGUUCCUUGCGCAAGGCGGCGCCUGUGGAAGAUGAUGCCACAACAACAAAUCAAGCGACGGUCAAACAACAAAUCAAGCGACGCAUCAGUUUCAGUGGCAAGAAGUUCGUGAGGGAAUUUGUCAACACCAAGGAGACCAACAACUGGGACGACUCGUACGAGGUGUCCGAACACAAUGCGGAGGACAGCACGGGAUCCAGAUCCGUAGCAGGAUCAGGAUCAUUACCGAUAGUUUCACAAGAUGCGGACAAGGAGAACGUUCCUUUGCCCGGCCAUCAUGAACGAAGCGUCACCGACUCCACCCUAAAUUUGCAGACCAGCGUGGAUGUCACCAUGCUGCCCGGCGAGCCGAGGAUCUCAUCAUCCCGGAACGCCAACAACACCACCUCCAUCUGUCUGUCCUCCGAGGAGCGAAAGGCGCUGCAGAGCAGCCUCUACGAUCACCGGGCAAUGGACAAGACCUAUGAUCUGAUGUCGCAAUCGCUGAUUACCCGCAUCCAAAGCCAAACCAGCCAUUUUGAGGAUCCCUCAUUCGAACAGCCACCCAUCGAAAGGGUAAAAAGUGUGAAUACCCCAGUGGCCAAAGGCAUAAGUGACUCCUUUAUGGACAUCACGCCAUUGGGAUUCGCUGUUCCAGCUCCUACUCCCGCUCCCGCUGUUCCCGCUCCCACUGUUCCCGCUCCUGUUAAUCCGCCAGCACAGCAGAGUUUCAUGGAUCUGGAAGACGACAGCAUGAUGCGGGAAAUGCGCGAGUUCACCAAGAAGGAAAAGAAGACUCCGGUGCAGAAAUCGCUUUUCAUGGACAUAGAGGAGGCGGCCAGGAAGAUCAAGAAUAAAACCCAACUUGGACCAGUUGAUAUAUCCUUCGAUUGCCCUUUAAAUGUAUCCGAGGACCGGGAUCGCUCGCCGUCGAACUCCUUUGAGAGCAACAAUAGCACCAUCAACUUCAUGAAGGAUGAGUCCAUGCUCAUACCAUUCGACAUGAUCUCGGGGAAAAACAUUAGUAAGAAACUCAAUUUUCGCCAACUGAACGAUGAACUGGAGGCGGGAAAGAUUCAGUUGUUUCCAAAUGGUCCAAAAACGCCCACAACAGAUCGGAAGACAACGAAAAAUCGUUUUUGGCAAGGUCUGGAAGGGGAAGAUAGUAGCCCGCGGAAGGAUAUAAGAAGCAUUAAGCCACGGGCAAUUUUGAACUUCAGCGAGAAUAUGACCAUGUCGCCGGCGCCAACAAGUCCAAUUCGAAAAGAAAAAGAUAAACUUAAGGUGAUGGAUGACAAGCGGAAAUAUCGACUUUCCCAGGCGGAUGAGAUAAUGCUGGACAACACAAAUUUCUUGGCCCAUGCGAAAUUGGGCGAUGAGACUCAGUCGAGAAAUAACUCCAAGAACUCUACGAGACGGGAGACAACCUAUGACAAUUCCGAGUUGAAUUUGGAAUAUCCCAUAAACAGUCAUAGCUUUCAUCCCAUUCCGAGCUCCAAGCCUCGACAGACUAUUUGCAAAGCUGAGGAAAUGCAGCAGGAUCUGUUAGAUUUGCCUGCUAUUUCGGGUGUGAAUGCCGUUCCCCCACGUCGCACUUUACACCUCAAUGAAUCCAUGGAUCAGGAAGCCACCAAGUCUAUGCACGUGAGGAAGGAGAUUGCGGUGACCACGGAGCAGACUGUCUAUGAAAAAUCUACAACUAGCCAGGAGAACGCUAGGAAAGGCACCGUUUGGGCCUGCAAAACCAAGCGAAGGGAGACCCUUUUGUUGCAGGAAAGCAUGGACAUCACCAGUCCUUGCAAGGAUCUACAUUUGGAACCCACAUUUGCUCCUGCCGUCAAUGUCCAACCCAAAGCUAAUCACACUCUUUAUUUAGCAGAACCUUUGGAAGAAGAGGAACUCAACAGAAGCGAUAUAUUUCCUCUAACAAAUGUAGCCCAAAAGGAAAUCAAAUCCAAACCGAGACAAACUAUGUUAUUGGAGGAACCCAUGGAUGAGAGUAGGGAUAUGAUGGAUCAACCUGUCUAUAAUUCGAAAAGAAAAACACUCCACUUGGUGGAACCUCUGGAGGAGGAGGAAGUCAUACCAGACAGGCUUUUACCUACGAAAACCUUUCCGCAUCAAGAACAGAAAUCCAAAGCCAGGCAAACUCUACUGUUAGAGGAACCCAUGGAAGAGGAAAUGUUCAAUAAUGAAAAAGAGCCGGUAAUUUGCGAUGCAAAAAGAAAAACACUUCAUUUAGCUGAACCUUUUGAAGAAGAUAAAACAAUCCCAGUUAAGAACUUGUCGAAUCAAGGAAAGAAAUCAAAAGCUAGGCAAACUCUUCUGUUAGAAGAACCCAUGGAAGAGGAACCGGCUUUUGGAGAUCCUUUUGGAGCGGAGAACUUAAUGACUCUCACCAAAUCCAGAAAAACCCUAACUACAACAGAAUCUAUCGAGGAUGACAGUUGCGUUCCGCUACUCAAGAAUAAGUCAAUAGUAACGCAAAAAACAAUUGAUAGAUCAACUGCACCGCAGCGACAAAAAUCAAGGCACACUCUUAUAAUGUCUGAGCCCAUUGAAGAAGAACAAGUUGCACCCAUUCAGUGCCAACAACAGUCCCGCUUGAAAUCAAGAAGCACUGUUCUUCUCCACGAGCCUGUUCAGGAGGAUUUUGUACCCGGAAAGGAUGAUAAUUCAGUUGGGCAGCAUGGACUGAAGUCAAGGCAAACGCUUAUCAUGUCAGAACCCAUUGAAGAAGAUGUAGAACAGCCACGACCUGAAUCCUUUAGCAUUUUCAUGGAUAGUCAGUGUGACGAUAAGUUGCAAACCAAAAAGGCGGAUUCUACGACUUCCAAAGCAAGUCGAACUAUUCUUAUGUCAGCUCCAGUAGACGAACAUGUGUGUAAGCUAAAACCCAUGAAUCGAACUAAGGAACUAUUAACCGAGGUGGGACAUAAAAACACAUCAUCUAAUAGAUCCUUAAGAUCAGGAUCAACUCUUCGAAUGACGGAACCCAUAGAAGAUGCUCAUAAGUCUAUCGCUCACAAAAAUGACCAGUCUCAUCAUAAGUCAAGAAAUACUAAGUUAAUGGAAGAAUCUUUUGGAGAAAUGACAAUUAAAAGCGGUAGUCGGCCAUCCAAAUCUCGCCCAACCAUCCUUACGGCAGAGCCCAUAGAGGAAGAUGAGGAAAUAUAUAAAUCUACGGCUAACAAUAAUAAACCGUCUAAGUUAAUGUCAAAUCGCACUAAGCUUAUAGAAGAGUCCAUUAUGGAAAUUGAAUCUGAAGAACCUGUUCAGCCAUCCAAGCCUCGUCAAACUCUCCUUGGGGCGGAACCCAUAGAUGAAGAUGAGGAAAUAUAUAAGUCUAUGGCUAACAAUAAUGAUCAGUCUAAGUUAAUGUCAAACCGCACUAAGUUUAUGACAGAAUCCAUUAUGGAAAUUGUAUCUGAAAACCCUGUUCAGCCAUCCAAGCCUCGUCAAACUCUCCUUGUGGCCGAACCCAUAGAGGAAGAUGAGGAAGUUCAUAAGAAGCCAAAAGAUCACAUGAUCACUCAUUUUGUCGAGGAUUCUAUGCAGCAGACGACAACUAAAGUGAAUGACCAAAGAAGGCGUCAGACGCUUGUUAAUGCCGAACCCAUAGAAGAGGAUUUGGAGCUCCUUAACCCAAUGAAAAAUUCUAUGGACCAGUCAUUGCUAAAAUCCAGACUUACUGACCAAACAUCUAAGAAUCGAUCUAAAUCAAGACACACCCUUGUUAUGGCGGAGCCAAUAGAGGAAGAUUCUGAGCCUGUUAAACCAAGAAAUCAUCGUAGGAGCCAGCAUCACCAGAAACCCAGAAAUACUCUGGUCGCCCAUGAACCCAUUCAGGAAGACAUUGUAGCCGGGGUGGAGGAAAAUUCCCUUGAGCCCCAGAUAUCCAAGCACAGGAAGACGAUUCUUAUGGCAGAACCCAUUGAUGAAGAUACAAGUGUCUAUAAUAAAAGAAAGACAAGUAACAGCAGUGAGUAUCAUUUGGAAAGUAAAAAUACAAGCAACUCUAGAGGAAAUACGACGUCCAAAUCGAGACAAACGUUGCUUAUACCGGAACCCAUUGAGGAAGAUGAUAUUUCAUUUGGUAACUAUCGAGAAUCCAAAAAUGUGGCCGGAACUACGCUCCCUUCGGCAGAGGAUGAGAAUUUAAGGAAGACAAGAAGUACUCUUGUUCGCGCCCAAUCCAUUGAGAUUGAAAAGGACACGAUUCCUACAGCCCAGUCCCCCAGAAGACAUACUUUGCUUUUAUCAGAACCCAUGAAUGAAGAUGAGGAAUUACCUGGACACAAUUACCCCACAAAUGAAAAGCAACUUCCUGAAAAACCAAAAAAAGGCGUUUUAAAUGCUCUCAAGGAUACUACUUUUGGCAACUCCUUGGAAAGGGAAGAGGGAGCGAUUCCUUCCAAAGUUAAAGCCCUUCAAACCAUGCUUAUCACCCCCGUGCCCAAUACCAGGAUAUUAUCAAGAAUUAGUCAAUUCACCACCUACACGCCAGGAAUGUCCUUGACUGAGUUCGAGGAUCAGGAAGAGAUGAGCAAGAUACCGAUUCCCGAAAAAAAGGUUUUUACUUCGCAGAGAAAACAAUUUUCUACGUAUCAGCCGCAGCAGAUGGAAUUGGUGGCGGAUGCCUCCGGGAUUGGAACUCCAUUGCGCCACGCCCAGCUGAAGCGCCUGCCUUUGCAUCUCACACCCAAUCUUCCAGAGUCCAAAAAACGGCAUACACAUCUGUUUACGGAUAGCAACAUGGAUAUUACAAUGGAGGAGGAGCAAGAAGGUGCCUGGGGGACGACAAAACCAAUGUUGGAGGCAGGCACAAGUAAAUGCCGCAGGACCUACACGGUAAAUCCAAUGGACGCAUCGGUGCAGGCCUUAAGGGAUUAUCAUCCUGCCAUGAACGAGCUGAAUAAGAAGAGCUCUCUAGAUAUGCUGGAGUUGCCACAAAAGUUGGAGUAUAACACAGAUCUGGAUGAUAAGCCCAUAACUAUUUCGGAUGUGACCAAUUACUUUCAGCAGCGGAAAGAUGAGCAGCGCAGAUCCAGCGAAAGGGAGAGCGCCGGAUCCAACGACAGAACUUUUAAGAGCUAUGCUGCCACGAACUUGAAAUUCAUCAAUCUGACCGGGAACACCACCACGUUUGCAGCCGCCCAGGAUGCGGAUGGGGAGCAGAAGGAGCCAUCCAUUGAAAUAGACAACGUACGGCUCAGCCUGGUUUCCACGCUGGCCGAGGAAACGGACGACGAGGGUGUGGAGGAGGAGGAGUGCCAAGAGGAGCAUCCACCAAAAACUGAACUCUGUGAGGAUCAGCCAGUGGUUAUUGCCGGCAGCAGCCGCUCCUGCAAGAAGUGCACAAAUUGCAAUCAAUCCUUAAGCGAAACGAAGCUAAGUAACGACUCCUUCGUCCUGCCACACAAGAAACUGUGGGACUUUUCAAGGCAACAACAGCGGUUGCGGAUCAUCAGGCAGAAACCCACAAUGAAGGAGGUCAAUCUGUACUGGGAGCUCGAGGAGCAGACCCGCAUGUCCAGGUGCCACGAAACAGACGAUUCCAUGGAUCAAUCGAGAGUAGAGGAGGAGCCAACGCCAUGGGACAAAGCGGCGCUUUUAGAUCUGUGCAAGAUACGAACUGGUCCACCGAAGGCUUCAGACAAGCCCACGGAAUCCUUCUUUGAACGCCUCAAAUGUUUGCUGGCCGAGCAGCAGCCAAACUGGAUCUUUGACUUCCAACGCAAGAUAUCCCAGCAAAUGAUAUUUUACCACCGCCUGCUGACCACGUUCCGAGUUGUGGUCAACUACAAAAUCGAGGACAUGGCGGAAGAGUCUGCCAUUAGUGUGUGCUCCAUUGAGUUGGACAACGAGGUGACCACUCGAAAAGAGCACUGGACAUCGUGCGAGCACUUUUUGAACUUUCAACUGAGUCUCAGACUGCCGCUCAAUCUUACCGACGCCAUUGAAGGCAGCGAUGAGACAGCUUUUCUGAAGUUCCUUAAACAUAUUGAUCAGAAAAUUGUGGAGAUCAAGCAAACGUUCCAUAGUCUUCUGACCGUUUUAAGGGAGAAGAGGGCGAGGCUCCUAAGAGAAGCGAAUCAUACUAUUGUAAAAAAGAUUGUGCGGAAAUGUAUAGAGGACGAACCGCUUGUGCGUCUGGAGAAGACGAGUUUCGUGAUUGAUGUUUCAAAUAUCGAGGAAGUGUCCUUCAUGGACAUCCUGCGCCCCGAACUGCAUCUCUUCAAUGAAAACAUUCAGUAUCUGCCAAAGGGAAUUGCUUUCCUGGAAGCAUUUCUUGCCGAUCCCGAGCAGUACCUUAAAAAGUAAAUAUGUAGAAUUUAUAUUUAGAACACCUUAUUUUACUACUUGUAUAAAUUUAAAAUAAAUACGUUCUUUUUACCAAAUAUAUACCAAUAUAUAACUGCUAA